AAUUAUUAUUGUAAAAAACAAUUAAAUAAAUAAAUAAAUACUAAUUAAAUUAAAAUGUGUGAAAAGUCGGCGCAUAAAUUGUGUAGCGUUUGUGGAGAUUUAGCAUUAGGCAAAAACUUCGGCGCCCUAUCGUGUGAGCCCUGUAAGGCUUUCUUCAGGAGAAACUCGUUUAAAGUUAAUCUUAAAUGUCAUUUCGACAACAAUUGCAGUAUAAAUGCCAUAACGAGAAAGUUUUGCUCAAAAUGUCGUUUAGAUAAAUGCCUGGCCAUCGGAAUGAGACGGGAAUGGGUGGCCAAUGAAGAGGAACGGGAGCUCAAGAGACUCAUCAAAUUGACAAUAAGUGGCAUAAAUAAUACUAACGAUGGAAACCAAGUGUUAAAAUCAGCAAUAAAUUCAUCGCAGGAAAUAUGGGAUGAAAAUGACAGCACAAACACUACGACUAUUGACACAGACUUCAUGAGUGAAAUACUCGAUGACAACAAUUUCAGUGUCGAUGCACUCAAUGAACAGAUUAUGGACAUUGAGACCAGUUUUUGCGCAAAUGAUUGCAUUGAUAGUCAAGUGAUAAACAGAUCUGAUUAUCAGACAAACAAUAUCUCAACAGAUAAUCACCAAAACAGUGAAAAUUAUACCCAAAACUCAUUAACACAUUAUUCACCGAAAAGAGUCGACGAGAAAGUAGUGUCGGGGUAUGAAAUGCCUGUCAUACCCAUCGGCCGACCCAUAGAUGACCACAAAAGUGAUUUCAACGAGAUUGAAAUGCGCAUGGUGACCGAGGUGAUCCAAUCGGCCACCAAUAUGGGCGGGCCGUACGCCAAACUGGUCUUCGAGAUCGACAACAAUCAUAGCUUUCAAACGGUU